UCUCCUUCUGGCAUUCAGUGUCAGACACUCACAGAGGCUGCUGCAAGAGCUGGAAGGGCUGGGGCAAGGGGGGAGCAGGUUCUGGGGACAUUGCUGACCAGUACUCUGGGCUGGACAACUGAAAAAGAUCCUACACUGGAGCAGCACAAACUUCUCCAUAUAUAAGGCACAGAGAGAGGGACCUCAGAAGGCUAUGUUUCAAGUGCAGCUUGUGAAACCUCUCCAGCAAAGUUAAAAGGGAAAUUAAGUCCCCAUAAGUCACGAUCUCCCCCAGCUGACUGUUCCCACCUGUCCCCGGAGGAACCAAAAGACGCAGAUCGAGAGGCGCAAAAAGAAAAACUUCACGCAGAGUUAAAGAAAGUCCUGCAGCUGAAAGGGCAGCGCGAAUCCGCUGAGAAACCCGAAGAAAAGAUGGAAUCUCAGAUCAUUAUCACGGAGGAGAAGCUAAAAGCUUCUGAAAUGGUAGAAGUUAUCAUGGAGACAGAAGCUCAAACUGGUAUAAGCGGCAUAAACAUUUCAGGAGGUGGCAAGGAAGGCCUUUUUGUGGCUGACAUCUCCAAGGACUCUCCCGCUGCCAAAUUGUUACCUCUGCUUGAAGGGGACCAGCUCCUCAGCGCCCGAGUCUACUUUGAGAACAUCAAGUACGAAGAUGCUCUGAAAAUCUUGCAAAUCGCAGAGAACUAUAAAGUGUCAUUCUGUCUGAAAAGAACCAUGCCGCCAUCUGAUGUCACAAUCUCGCAGUCGUCUGGCACUGUGGAAAUAAAGGGUCCAAAAGCUAAGAUGCCCAAGCUGACUGUUAAAAAUCUUACUCCAGUAAAAAAGAAAAAAAAGAAGGCUCCUGGUGAAGUCAAGGUUUCUGAAGAAGCAUCCAUAGAAGCCAUAAAAGGUUCAGAACUAUCUGUAGGCAACAUGGAUAUUCCACCGGUUGAUGUAGAAUUUUCUUUCCCCAAAUUCUCCAAAUUCCUAAAAACUAAAGGCACAGCUGAAACUGGGGUUGAGGAAAAGAGUACAGAAGCUACUGCUAAAAUGUCUGCUGGGGAACAAGUAUGGGCAAAGAUGAAGUUUCCUCGACUCCGAGUCAAAGAAGCAACAGCAGCCGGAGUUUCAACUGAGGUGUCUGAAAGCAAAGCAACACUAGCAAAACCAAGCAUUGAUGCAGAAGCAAAGGAAAAAUCUCUGGCUGCUAAGUUUGGAAUCUCAGCUACUAAAAUGAAAAAACCUAAAGUAGACAUUUUGGUGCCAAAAGCAGAAGUCAAAGUGUCUCCACCAAAGGUAGAAAUUGAAGCCAGAGAAGAGAAAACCUUCAAGCCACCACAAGUAGAACUGGAUGUAUCACUGCCAUCUAUGAAGGCUGAAAUGCCAGAGAUAUCGCUUCCAAAAAUCCCUGAUGUUCAAAUUAAGGUGCCAACAUCUAAUCUUGAGGUGGAGGCACCAGCAGGCAAAAUAAGUAUGUCACAAAUAUCAAAGGCUGGAAUUUGUUUACCACAAGUAGAAAAAGAGUCAGAAGUUGCAGUUAAAGUUGAAGGAAAAUCCAAGACCGAAAUUAAAAUUCCCUCAGUUGAAAUAGCAGCCCCUACACUCGAUGUUGACUUAAGCCUACCCAAAGUUGAGGGAGCUGUAAAAGCUGAGCCGUCUGACAAGAGCUUUCAAAUCAAAUUGCCAAAAUUUGGAAUCUCAACGAAAACCCAUGAGACUGAUUUAGAGGUGUCUAUCCCACAAGUCAAAAAAGAUAUUGAAAUGAAAGUUACUGAAGAUAAAUUUAAAAUGCCAUCUGUAAAAGCUCCAGAAGUUGAGAUAUAUUUUCCUAAAGGAAGAGAAGAAUAUAGCCCAGAUGAAAAGAAAGUUUCCAUGAAAUUACCAUCCCUGGAUAUCUCUGCUCCUAAGCUAGAUGUUGACAUAAGCCUUCCUAAGGGGAUAUUGGAACCAGGUGCCUCAGAAGAAUUUCCAGAUGUGACAUUAAAAAUGCAAAAAAUAAGUCCCCCAAAAGUUGGAAUGAAAGUUAAAGAUGCCUAUGCUGAAACUAUGAAAAUGAAAUGGGAAUCUCCAAAGGUUGAGGUGAAAGUAGAAAACAUUGAAGCAGAAAGCUCAUUUGAAAUUCCUGAUGCAUCCCUAAAGAUGCCCAAAAUAAGCCUUCCAAAAUUUGGAACAAAGGAAGAUAUAAAAGCUCCAGAAGCUGAAGUGAAAAAAGGGAAAGUUGAAGGGUGGAGUCCUGAGUUUAAAUUGAAAGCACCUACAAUUAAAAUGCCAAGUUUUGGAAUAUCUUUGUCAAAAGAGAAGCAAGACAUGUCACCUCCUGAAGUGGAAGUUUCUGGGAAAGAGACUAAGUUAGAGGCAGAUGUAAAACAAACAUUUUCCUCAAUUAAAAUGCCAUCACUUGAUAUAUCCUUACCAAAGGUCCAGGACUUUCAGCCAGGUAAACUUGAAUUAAGUGGACCUACUAUUAAGACAGAUAUAAAAGAACCUGGUGUUGAGAUUACUGACGCCCAUGAUUUGAAGUUUAAAAUGCCAAAAGUAUCCUUGUCGAAGAUUGAUAUGUCUGUGAAACCUGAAAAACCUCAGAUGUCUCCACCAAAACUUGGAAUUUAUGUACCUAGAGUAGACACAAAAACUAAAGAAGGGGAACUGGAAACAAAAGGUGAUAAAAUUACCCUCCCAAAAGUGGAUUUUUCUAUACCCAAGAUAAAACCAAUUGAAAUAGAUAUAGCUACACCUAAACCUGAACUUGACAUUACGGUUGAAAGGUCAAAAGUUGGUAUGAAAAUUCCUAAAGUAGAGUAUGAUGCAAUAGCAUUUAAAGGGGAGACAGGAGACCUAAAAUUUGGUCUUCCUUCUGUUAAAAUGCCUGCUCUUGAGAUAGACACACCUAAACUUGAUUUUGAUUUAAAUCUGCCAAAAGUCGCAACAGAGGUAUCUGAACCAUCUGUUGAAGGUGAUAGCAAAAUACAGAUGCCAAAGUUAACUCUUCACAAGCUAAGUGAUGUAGCUAAAGAUAUGGCAGUGGAAAUUGAUGUUCCAAAAGUUAAAGGUGAUCUGCCUUUCCCACCUUGUGCGGCAGCUAUAAAGGGAACUGAGGUUGAAGCAAUAGAUACUGCGGAUAAAGGAUUCAAAAUCAGUUUGCCAAAAGUUGAGCUUGAACUAGGAAAAUCUUCAAAGGAUUAUGAGGUGGAAGUAACUGGAAGUGAAUUAAAAGGAAAGUCUGAAAUCAAGCUUCCUAAGGUGAAAUUAGAAGCACCAGAAAAAGAGAGAGAAUCUUCAGAAGCCAAGAUCAAGCUGCCAUCUGUAAAAUUACCCUCUGUUGAAAUCACCACCCCUAAAAUUCCUGAUAUAGACAUAGACACAAGUGUGCCAAAGAUUGCUCUAGAUGUACAAGGUACAGAUGACGUUUCAGCAGGCAUCUCUGAGACCGAUGUAAAAUGGAAAGCACCAAAGUUUUCAUUUCGCAAACUUGGAAUUUCUGGACCGAAAAGCAAAAAAGGGAUCAAUGGUGAUGGAAAGCCAUCUCAUUUGGAAGGAGAAGUAGAAGCCACAGGUAAGGGGAUAAAGAUGAAGAUGCCUAAGUUUGGGAUAACUUUUCCAAAGACAAAGCAUGAUGUUGAGUUUGAAACAUCUAAAGUAACAUUGGAAGCAGAUGUAAAAAGGACCAAAGGAAAAAAGGCAGAUGUCCCAGGUGACCAAGUGGAAUCAUCUGAAGGAAAGCUAAGUCUUCCAUCAGUAAAACUUCCCUCACUCAAUAUUUCAGCUCCAAAGUUAGAAGUAGACAUAGACCUUCCUAAGGGCCAUGGAGAUGUGUUUGCCACAGCUGACAAACCGUCUGAUAUUAGUAUUGACAUUCCAGAGGUGAAAUUAAACCUUCCUAAAUUUUCAAUGCCAAAGUUUGGAAGUAAAAGCAAAGGAAGUGACACUGAGGUUGAAAUACAGAGUACAAAAGAAGGUGGAAAAGGAACCUUAACUAAAUCAACCAAAAUCACUGAGUCUUCUGUAAGUGAUAUAGAUGUUAAAGUUAAAGGUAAAGAAGGAAAGAUCAAGAUGCCAUCACUUAAAAUGCCUUCGUUUGGCUCACCUAAGAAAGACUCAGACGUUACUGAUUUAAAGCUAGAUGUUAAAACCAGUCCUUCAGAUGUUAAGGUGAAAAAAGUAAAAGCAGCAACUAAAGAAUCUAAAGUGGAGGUAGAAGCCCCAGAAGGUGAUGUAAAAACAAGUUUUAUUAAAAUGCCUUCAUUUAAAAUGUCACCUCCCAAGAUCCAAGCACCUGAUGUAAGCAUUGCUAUGGGAGUUUCCAAAGAGGACAUUAGAUUACCUGAUGUUCAUGUGAAGGUCCCCCAAGUAGAACUGCCUUCACUUGGAAUAAAAGAAGCUAAGAUUGAUAAUGUUGCUGAUUUAAGUCUUCCAAAACCAGAUGCAAAAUUGUCAGGAUUGGUGGAAGGACCAGAUGGACAUGUAAGUGAAAAAAUAAAGAUGCCUACUUUAGAAAUUUCUGCACUACAGGAUGUGCCAUCCUUGGAAAUUUCUGUUCCAUGUAGUAAGCCAGAUAUCUGCAUAACUUUACCAAAAGCAGUGGUUGACGUUUCUGAUGCAGAUAUUAAGGGAUAUGAAGGGGAUUUGAAAAUACCUAAACUGUCCUCAUUUGGGGUCUCUGUCCCAAGUUUAGAUAUCAGUUUGCCAAAAGCAAAGCUGGACACAUCUUUAGAACAGAAAGCAGAGCUCACUCUGGAAAAGACAGAAACUAAAAUAAAGAUGCCAAAGGUUGAGUUUUCAACAUUUGGAGAUAGAGCACUUGAUGCUAAAGUAAGCACUGAUGAAGCAAAAUAUCAAACAAGUGAAGCAGACGCAAAAUUUAAAGGACACAAGAUUAAGUUGCCUCAUUUUGAUAUUUCUUUGCCAAAAAUAAGGCCUGAUGAUGAAGACAUACCUUUUAUAGAAGGAGAGGGCAAAAUGCAUGGAACAAGUAUUGAGACAACUGCUGCAGAAGGAACGUUCAAUUUACCAUCUGUGGAAUUGCCAAAGAUGUCUACCCCAAAAAUUCGAGCACCAGAACUGGAACUUGAUAUUAGUCUAAGCAAAGAUGACAUUCAGUCUGGUGACUUGGCCAAGACACAUAAAGCUGAGUUAAGUGGCCCUGAAGUUGGACUGUCUGACCUAAAAUUUAAAAUGCCAAAAAUGAAAUUACCAAAGUUUGGUGGAUCUGGCUCUGGAAUUGAUGAAGAAACAGCUAAAGGGGAUGUUAAGUCUCCAAAACUAGAUGAAGGUAGAGAUUCAGAGACAAUGGGGUUCAAAAUAAAAAUGCCAAAGCUUCAGGUGGGUUCUCUGAAAGAUAAGAGCAGAGAAGACACAAUGGAAGGUGAUCAGAAAAAGGCUGCAAAAGGUGACAUGAAGGUUACAGGAUCUGAUGAGUCUGAGAUUGGUGGAAGGUUCAAAAUUAAAAUGCCUUCAUUUGGAAUUUCAAAGGAUUACACAGAUACAGAACCCUUGCAUCCAACUGGAGAUGGAGAUGAAUCAAAAUUUAAAAUCUCUAAAAUCUCCAUUCCUGAUGUUGGAUUUUCCAGAGAAACAGAAGUAGGAGAUUUCAAGGGCAGUGGUCAUAUAAAAGGUUCAAAAUCUUCCAGCAUUGAGGAUUUAGAACUAGACAUCAAAAUCCCAAAGAUAAAAAUGCCCAGUAUCAAUAUACCAGGUCGAAGGGCAGAUGAUGACAUGACUUUAUCUCUUGAGGAAGAUUUAGAAGUAAAGAAAUCUCCAUUCAAGAUGCCAAACGUGGAAAUCUCUUCUCCAAAGAUCAAAGCGCAUGGAGAAUAUGAUGUAGAUGGAGCACAACUUGAGGAUAGUUUGUCAAGGGAGACACAGACAGUUCAUUCUGCAAAGAAGGGCAGUAAGCUUAAAGAUGACACCAAAGACCAAGAAGAAAAUUCUGGGAAGAAAUUUAAAGUAAAACUACCAACAUUGGGAGUCAGUUUACCAAAACCUGUAGCAGGAGAUGUAGAACUUUUUGCACCAGAACGAAAAUCAGAGGGGGAGUAUAAUGUAAACCCUUUAGACUCAGAACAUGAUACAGAUCACCAUGAAGGAAACAGGACAAAAAAGAAUAUUUUCUCACUGGUAAGAUCCAAAGACAAAACAUCAGGCCUUCUAACAUCAGAUGCAGAUAACACAAUGGAAGCUGAAGGUCCAGAAGUUAAGAUUAAAAUGCCAAAGAUUAAGAUGAAGCCUAGUUUUGGCUUAUCCCGUGGUAAAGGUAAAGGAGCAGAGGUAAAUGGGGAGUUUGAUGUUUCAGGACGGGGAGAAGCUCACAUGGAAAUGAGUGCUGACAACACUACCAAGUCUUCAAAGAUAAAGCUUCCCAAAUUGGGAUUCUCCUCAAAAGCAAAUUCUGGGGAUUUUAAUGGGGCUGGUACACCUGGUUCUCCCACCCACAUAAAUGGGGAGAAUCAAGUGGCUGUACAGAAUGGAUCUCAAGAUGGGGGGAUGAAAAUUGGAAAACUGAAAUUACCAAAAGUUGAAUUUACAUCCCCAUACAAAGGCAAAGAAUCAGACUCCGAAAUUAAUCUUAAACUAGUAAAGACAGAAGAACCAGACUCCAAAGAGGAGGGCAAUGGGAGUUUGUUUACCGGAAAAUUUAAAUCCCCUAAAAUUACAUUCUCUGGUUUUAAAAAGAAAGAUAAGGGUGAGGAUCAGCAGGUAACUUCUGCUGCAACUACUGAAAAUGUUGGGGAGGGAGAUACAAAGGCAGGAAGGGGUAAGCUUUCAUUUGGCUUUCUUUCAAGUAAAUCAAAAGGUGAAUACACAGUGGACAACAGCAGUAUUGAGAAGGAGUUGGAGGGGGAGUCUGGUAAAGAGAAAUCUGCAAAGUAUAAAUUACCCAAAUUGUACCUAAGUCCCAAGAUGGGGACUGAAUUAGAGAUCACCACAGAGACACAGGAAAUUGCUCUUGAAGAUAGUUUCAAGAUGCCAAACGUUGGCUUCACCACUCACCAGGAGGAACAUACAACACAAGAGGAAGAGGUGACAGGGGGCUUUUUAAAAAUAACAAAGACAAAGCACAUCAAGACUGAGACGGUGACAGAGAAAACAGUUACCAUCUAAAAAAAAUUAUGUUAACUAGUCCUGGACUUGAGCUCACAGCCACGUUUGUUUCUGGCAACAGUUAAUGUCUGCGCUAAUCUUUGAUGCCGCCUUACUCUGAUUUUGUGGUGAACCAAGCAAGAUGUUAUUUGCAGAAGUGACCAGGUGUCAUUUACAGACACUACCAUAUAAUUGUUUUUAUUUAAAGACCAUCCUAAUCCACAUUAUACUACAUGUAUAAUACAGGUGGUAGUGUGCUGCUAAUGAGAUUUGGGAUUGCCAUGAAAGUGGUUCUUGGUUAAUUUAUGGGUAUAGUAUCAAGGGUUGGCCAAGACAGUGUUGGAGAUAACAUGUUCUUCAGUUUCACAAUAUUUAAGACAGAACGUUGUGUUUGGCGUUAUAUGAAGUUACAUCUUGAAGAUUUAAAGUGACUGUACAGCUUCCUUGAUGAAUGACGAUCAACAUAUGUACCCCGUCUUGUAAAUGUUUUUUUUUCCGUUUGUUUAUUAAGAGAAUAUAGGAGGAAGAUAGAUAAUUUAUGGUCAAACCAUGAACAAAAGUUCUACUUAUUUUUAGUUGAUAUGUAAUAUAUAUUGGCUUCUACACUCUUGUUAACAAUGCUUAAAAAUACAAAUAUAAUACAUUAAUGUAUACCAUUUUUACUGUUACUGCCAAAUGAGGUAAUCUCCCAUCUUUGGUAUGCACAGAAUAAAUUAAUUACAUCAUGGUAAAACUAUUAAGGUCCUUAUGUCUGAGUUUGCAGAUACCAAAUUUACAUAGGUUUGCAUUUUUUUAAUGGUUCUAUGCGUCCACAAGAACCCAUCCUGUAGUUAUCAUGUAUAAUAUCUCUAUUGGGAUGAUGAAUUAUGCAAAACACUGCCAGAAAUGUCAUAGCAAACAGAAGAAUCAUAAUGAAUAGAAAGAAUUUGUGUAUAGGCAAAAGAAAUUGUCAGGUAUCAAACUGUUUUUUUUAUGUUAAAAAAACUAAUGACUCUUUAACGCCACUUUGUCCCAUCAUACCUAAGACUUUAACGUACAAGAUGAACCUGAUAGACAGACACUGUGCACCAAUAUUGUCUACCAGAAUGUUAAAUAUUACAUUUUGCUGUAUAAAAAUGAUUGAUCUGUAAUCUAAUAUGGGCAUGAUCUAUUUUAUAUUAUCUUAAUUUGGCUUCUCCACAGUUUUGUCAGUAUUGUACUAAAACACUGGUUUUCAAACCUGUGCUCAGCCUCCCUAACAGGCCAGAUUUUGAGGCUAUCUGAACUACAGCACAGGUGAAAUAAUCACAUGAUUAGUAAACAUGGUUAUUUUACCUACUCUUACCAAAGGCAAAUUGCAAUCCUGAAAAUCUUGCAUGUUAGGGAGUCUUGAAAACAAGUGCACUUAAAAAAUAAACACAUGUAUUAACAAUUUGAGGUUGUGGUUGCGAACUGACAGUGCUACAAUGUAAACUGUAUUUUUUUCAGACUUCAGAUUACAAUUUUAGAAUGCAAAAAAAAAAUGUUUGGCAUUUUAAUGUUCUAUAGAAUGAUAGAUCAUUUGAGAGUUUAGUGUGAUCUGUGGUUUUAAUGUUAAUUUUUUAACCUUUAUUCUCUUAAUGAGCCUGAAUUUUCUGCUUGGAUAAAAUUUACUCUAAAUCAAAGCUAUACUGAAUAUAAAAUGUAUUAUUUUAUUUAUUUCCUUUUUUAUUAAAUAAAAUUAUACAUUGGCGUGUUUACUUAAAAAAAUGUACGGUAUUUAAAAAUGUGGAUUUUAAAAUGUAAUGUUCGGCUUUCUACUUUCUUCCCUUAAUUAAAAAAAAUCUAUAUAUCUA